AUGAGUGAACGACCUGCAUUCAACGAAUUACCUCUGCGGAGCGGUGACCCAAAAUACUCAGCUUGGGGUCUCUGGGGACCGAAUGACGAGCUGGGAACACUCAAUCAUUUGACACCUACCGUUACCCAAGAUGCUAUCAAAGAGAUAGUUACCGGGGAACACAUUGUACUCAAUUUGUCAAUCGAUGCGUUCAAACAGCCCAUGAAUCCCGUGCGGAAGCCAUGCCGACACCACAUAAUUGCCAAAGGCCACGCCAAUGAUGACGAGCUCCAUAUCAACACUCAAGGUUCAAGUCAUUGGGAUGGCCUGCGGCAUUACCCCUACCAAGAGAGUUUAUUGUACUACAAUGGGGUGACCCAAGAGGACAUCUCUGGAGCUGCCCCGAAUGGCAAGAUUGGCAUCCAAAACCUUUCGAAACACGGUAUCGUCGGACGAGGAGUUUUGUUGGAUUGGGCCGCGUAUGCCAACGACAAGGGGAUCAACACAAAGUCUCCCUUCGAUUACUUCGAGAUCCCUGUGUGGCAAUUACAAGAAGUCGCAGCACAACAAGGCGUGAAAUUCCGACCGGGCGAUAUCCUGUUCAUCCGCACAGGUUGGCUACAAGAGUUCUGGAAGCUCAGCCAAGAGGAGCAGUUGGGGUUAUCUCGACGGGAAGUACGGUCAUCAUGUGGCGUCCAAGCGUCGGAGGAGAUGAUGCAAUGGCAUUGGGACAACGAAUUCGCCGCCGUUGCAAGUGACACUGUUGCCUACGAAGCAUGGCCGAGUAAGCGACCAGCUGGUGUAGCCCUUCAUGAGGUUUUCCUCAGUGGUUGGGGUACACCCAUUGGCGAGAGCUUCGAUCUCGAGACUCUGGCGAAGAGGUGUCGGGAGGAAGGGCGCUGGGCUUUCUUCAUGACGAGUAUUCCUCUAGAUAUUCCUGGAGGUAUUGCGAGUCCUCCUAAUGCCGUAGCAAUCUUGUAG